AUGCCAAGCAAUGAUGCAAAUGACGUUAGCUCUUUAUAUCCUCCACCACCACCCUAUAUCAAAUUCUUCACACAACAAAACGUUGAUAAAUUGGAGAAGUAUAAAGAGGAAAAGCAGCUGACAGAAGCUAACGAUGAGAAUGAUCCUACUGUUGUAGAGGGAGACAGCGAGGAGGUGUUUACUAACGAACUAGAUUACUUAAUACCACCUAAAAUGCCCAAAUCUCACCAAUAUAGAGCGUUUGGAAGUGUUUGGCAAGUGAAAGACCAGCUACCUGACUUGGAGAGUAUGGGUAUUACACAACUAUACAAAAAAUCUGAUGAGAUAGGGAAACCAACCAAUUAUCAAUACAAAAUCCAAGAAUCUAGAAAACUGUUGAAAUCACUACUUCUGAAUUACUUAGAGCUAAUUGGUGUCUUGAGCAUAAACCCAGAGAUAUACCAACAGAAAGUUGAAAAUAUACGAACAAUACUUAUUAAUAUACACCAUUUACUCAACGAAUAUCGACCACAUCAAUCUCGAGAGUCUUUGAUUAUGCUACUAGAGGAACAACUGGAGUACAAGAAGAGAGAAAUUAAACAUAUUGAGCAGACUUGUGAUCAUGUAAGAGAAAAACUUUCCAAAAUCAGUGAUCCCAAGUCUCUAGAUUAA